AUGGCCAGUGACAACGAUAAGAGUUCUAAUAAUCAUAACUUGGAUGGUUCCCUUAAGAGCAACAAGAAGUUAACGAAUAGUGGAAGUAUUGGUGACAUCGAGGACAAAUCAAAUCUGGGUGUCCAUCCUGUGGGAAAAGGUGGUCGACAUUUGUCUAUACCAUUUGAUUCAGCAACAGCUAAUGGUGAUCUAACAAAGAAACAAAAUGGUUCAGCGGUACGCACGAACAGCCUGGGGUCGGGCGCGCGCACGCCUCCGGCUGAACGGUCCAAAUCCAAAUUCUCAGCUUUUGGUAGACUAUUCAAGCCAUGGAAAUGGAAACGGAAAAAGAAGUCUGAAAAAUUCGAAGCUGCUUCUAGAACAUUAGAGAGGAAGAUAUCCGUCCGAGCGAAUAGAGAUGAGUUGGUGCAGAAAGGUAUUCUCUUACCGGAGAGCCCCGUCACGCCUGUGCCCGAAGUCGAUGAACCUGUAUCGCCCCCGACGGGUGCUGAGGAGGCGCGGAGUGAUGUCAGCGCUGCGCAGGCGAACCAAGACAGGCUCAUGGGCAUGCACGCCGCCCUGCAGGCACAGCUGGCAUCGCAGCUGCAGCAGCAACAAGCUGCUAUGGCUGCAGCGGUGGCCGCCGCCGCUGCCGCGCACCACCACCAUCAAAACAACAAUGUCAUAGAACCAAAGAAGGACAAGUUGGAAAAUGGUGGCGAGCUAAUGAGGCCCGAGCGACCCAACUCCUUGACUGGCAAGAUUCCACGACGAAUAUGCUACCAAGGAGAUGUUGUGGGUGGUUACGGGUCGACGGGCGACAGCAGCGGCGGUGGUGUGCACGGCGGGCACGGCGGGCACGGCCACGGCGAGGCGGAGGAGCAGCUCAUGCUGUCGGAGCUGCCGGAGCCGCCCAUCGCGCUGUCGGAGAUCGGCCCCAUCCCGCCGCCGCCCAUGUUCAGCUCGCCCAGCCCCACGCGCCACCACCACCAGCACCAGCACGCACAACACCCCCUCGCGCAACAUCCUCUCUCUGACUCCGAAGAGGAGGACGAACAGGAGGACGAUGAAAUAGAGCCGUUGACACUCGGUGCGGACACGACCCGCGUCGAGGAGAUCCCGCCUAAGGAGCCCAUCUUCAAUGCGGUGCCGCUGAAAUCUGCGCUGAAGAAAAGACCGGCGCCGGCCGCGUCUCCCGCCGCCACGCCGCUGGCCACGCCACUGGCGCCGCGCCAGGACCAUCAUCACACCAGCUUCAAGCGGCCGCCGCCUAAACCGAGGAUCCGCAUAUGUACCCGGGCGGUGCGCGUGGGCAACGGGUUGGAGAACAAGGAGAACGCGCGGCCCUGGGAGGAGUACGAGGCCUCCACCGAGUCCGACCGCGUCGCUGCCAAGCUCGCGCGCAAGGAGAGCCUCAACAUCAAGCUCGCACUGCGGCCCGACCGACAGGAACUCAUCAACAGGAACAUUCUGGUGGUGCAGAGUGAGCACGAGCGCCAGGAGUCCUGGGAGGCCAUCGGCGCGCGUCUCAUCCGCCGCCUGUCCAUGCGGCCCACCGCGGAGGAGCUCGUCGAGAGGAAUAUACUCAAAAGCCAGUCACCCGCCGAAGAGAAGAAACAGAAGGAGGAGAAGAAACGUUAUCUGUUACGCAAGCUCAGCUUCCGACCCACUGUCGACGAACUUAAAGAGAAGAAGAUCAUCCGCUUCAGUGAUUACAUUGAAGUCACACAGGCGCAUGAUUACGACCGUCGUGCUGACAAGCCGUGGACUCGUUUAACUCCCCGGGACAAGGCCGCUAUUAGGCGAGAGCUCAACGAAUUUAAAAGUUCGGAGAUGGCUGUACACGAGGAAAGCAAGCACCUUACCAGGUUCCACCGACCAUGA